GAGCUGAACUUGAACAUUUGGCCGCACUGCAUCGCAUUUUCCUAUGCUUCUAUCCUUUCCUGUAACUCAGAAAUGUCUCGCUCUAACAAAUGACGGUUCUGAGUGCCAAAAAAGGAUAGAAGCAUAGGAAAAUCCAAUGCGUUGCGGUCAGAUGUAGUUCAAUCUUAAAUUAAGGGUAUUUAUGUAUUAGUUUUCGUUAGAAAUCGUUCGAUAUUGCGUUUCAAAAAUGCCUGAAGAAUAUUUUAGUAAUGUAAGUAAAAACUUAAAACCGUCCAAUAUAAAUCGAUAACUGUCUUUAGUACAAACGUAAAAUGUGUUCACUAUAAAAGAUACGUUAAAACUAAAACUUAAUAUAAGAUAAAGUGAUCCUAUAGACUGAUUUAAACUUACCAAAAGACUGAUUUAAAUUAAUGCAACUUACAAAGUAAAAACUUACCUGCUUACAUUUUCUAUACUUGAUAAUAUUUAUUGAAACUUAUAUUUAAAUCAAAAGUAGUAAAUCAUGAAGUUCUUAUUAGAAACUAAUAUAAAUUCCGAUUUUGUUACUUUGAAUUGGUAUCAAGAAUCGAAUAAGUUUAUUUCCUAACUAGAAAAUAACUAUAGGUACGUCAUUGGGAACGUAAUUUUCGAAUUUAUUUAUUUUAUUGUUGAUUGUCUACUACAUUUUAUACAUUUGUUGAUCGUUGUUUUUGUUAUAUUUAUAUUAAGUGGGGUGGUGGCUAAUAUACAACACCGUACAUAACUCAUCGUUUUGUAUGAAAAUUGCAUCAGUCACAAUUUUUUAUGAAGUUUGGAAAUGAAAUUCAGAAGUACAAAUCGCCAAUCCACGCGUUUAUAAGUUUUCUGUGUAACCAAAUAUUAUAAUACAUAAUCGAAUUUGAAGGUAUUUUACUUGUUGCAAAUGUUGUAAUGCUAUAACUUUCAGUUCAACUUUUGUGAUAGAAGUUUGGUACAAUGGGCGCUUGUAAGUCUGAAUUUCAGGCCACUGUAAGGUGUUACCAUGAAAUGUAAAUUCUACACAACGCGCAUGCGCCUAUUCCGCAACCACAUUCAGGCUGCUGUAGACGCGAAAUUGACAGAAGCGCGCGGACGUUCGGCUAGGCGGUCGCGCGUCAGUCGCGAGCACACACGACGCGAGACGGACGUACCGACACGCCCCGUUCAACGCGAACACUAAUAACAUUGUCAGUGAUAAAUAAAUAAAGAAAAUACAACCACAUUGACGUUUCAUUAUACUACGAGCAGUGAUUAUACUCAACAAAGGAGAGGAGACAUCCGUUUUUGAGGCGGUGAACCAUGUCGUGCCAGUGAACGCCUGCAGCUUUGAUCUAGAGCGGAGUCAAAAUGACCAAGAAGUUUGAGUUCAACUGGCAGAUCCCUGUUCCUGAGCUACUUCUCAAGGGUGGAGUGUUCGACCGAUGGACGGAAGAAAAGGACAAUACCGAGUUGGAGCAGAACUGCACGUUCAAGGUCGAUGAGUAUGGCUUCUUCAUAUACUGGAAGAGUGAUGGCAAGGAUGGUGACGUUAUCGAGCUCUGUCAAGUGAGCGACGUGCGGUCCGGUGGUGUACCAAAGGAUCAGAAGCUGUACACCAAUCUGCUGAACAAACAUGGCGACACGCUGGAAGACAAGUCACUCACAAUAUGCAGCGGCACGGAUUACAUCAACAUUAACUACCAGCACGUCGUCUGUCCUGAUGCUGCUACUGCUAAGGAAUGGAAGGAGAGCUUGCGAGGCAUCACACAUAACAACAAAAUCAAUAACGUGUGUGUCAGGACCAACCUGAUGAAGCAUUGGAUGCGCCUCUGCUUCCUGACCAACCCUCGUGGGAAGGUUCCAGUUAAGGUGGUCGCGAGGACGUUCGCUUCAGGCAAGACUGAGAAGAUGGUGUACCAGUGUCUAGCGGACCUUGGUCUUCCAUCCGGGAAGAAUGACGAUAUGGAGAAAGAAGACUUUACCUUCGACAAGUUCUAUGCGCUGUACCACAAGAUCUGUCCGAGGAAUGACAUUGAAGAGCUCUUCAGAUCUAUCACACAAGGCAAGUCAGAGCGUAUCAAUCUGGAGCAGUUCGUGAACUUCCUGAAUGAGAAGCAGCGUGACCCUCGCCUCAAUGAGAUCCUGUACCCGCUGUAUGAUGAGAAGCGAGCCGCCGAGAUCAUCAACACUUACGAGCAGUGCGAGGAGUCUAAAGCUGCCAAGUGCCUCACGAAGGACGGACUGAUCCGGUACCUGAUGUCGGACGAGAACGCCCCGGUGUUCCUGGACCGUCUGGACAACUACAUGGACAUGGACCAGCCUCUGGCCCACUACUACAUCAACUCGUCACACAACACGUACCUUUCGGGCCGCCAGUUCGGUGGCAAGAGUUCCGUCGAAAUGUAUCGGCAGGUCUUGCUAGCGGGCUGCAGAUGCGUAGAACUCGAUUGCUGGGACGGCAAAGGUGAAGAUGAAGAACCGAUCAUCACCCACGGCAUGGCGAUGUGCACAGACAUCCUGUUCAAAGACGUAAUCUACGCUUUGAGAGACACUGCCUUCGUGACGUCAGACUACCCCGUCAUCCUGUCCUUUGAGAACCACUGCUGCAAGGCGCAACAGUACAAGCUGGCCAAAUACUGUGAUGAGAUUCUCGGAGAUCUGCUGUUGAAGGAAGCGUUGCCUGAUCAUCCGUUGGAGCCAGGAGUGCCUCUGCCUCCCCCGUCGGCCCUCAAACGGAAGAUCCUGAUCAAGAACAAGCGGCUCAAGCCUGAAGUAGAGAAGCAGGAGUUGGAGCUGUUCAGGCAAGGCCAGUUCGUCAUCGAGGACGAGGUCAAGGAAGAUGCUUCGGCCUGCGCAGUGCCAGAUAAAAAGCCAGAGGAGAUAGUGGCAGAAGCAGCGGCAGCGAGCGAUGACGCGCCUCCACCAGUGGCAUACACGGGCUCCACCACCAACGUGCACCCCUGGCUGUCCUCCAUGGUCAACUACGCGCAGCCCAUCAAGUUCCAGAGCUUCGAGGAGGCUGAGAAGCGCAACAUCUACCACAACAUGUCGUCGUUCGCUGAGACCACCGGCAUGAGCUACCUCAAGUCACAGGCCAUCGACUUCGUGAACUACAACAAGAGACAGAUGUCGCGUAUCUACCCCAAGGGCACGAGAGCUGACUCCUCUAACUACAUGCCUCAGGUAUUCUGGAACGCUGGCUGCCAGAUGGUGUCACUGAACUUCCAAACAUCGGACCUGCCCAUGCAGCUCAACCAGGGCAAGUUCGAGUACAACGGCAACUGUGGUUACCUGCUCAAGCCGGACUUCAUGCGCCGCGCUGAUCGGAGUUUUGAUCCUUUUGCUGAUGCUCCCGUGGACGGCGUUAUCGCUGCCCAGUGUUCUGUACAGGUGAUCGCCGGUCAGUUCUUGUCAGACAAGAAGAUCGGCACGUAUGUCGAGGUGGACAUGUAUGGCCUGCCAUCUGACACCAUCCGCAAAGAGUUCCGUACACGCAUGGUGCCUUCCAACGGACUGAACCCUGUAUACAAUGAAGAACCGUUCUUGUUCAGAAAGGUGGUGCUGCCAGACCUGGCGGUGCUCCGUUUCGGCGUAUACGACGAGAACGGGAAGCUCCUCGGGCAGAGGAUCCUGCCUCUAGACGGGCUGCAGGCGGGGUACCGGCACAUCGCGCUGAGAACAGAAGCCAACUUCCCCAUGUCGCUGCCCAUGCUGUUCUGCAACAUCGAGCUCAAGAUCUACGUCCCCGAUGGCUUUGAAGAUUUCAUGGCAGCGCUGUCCGACCCGCGCGCGUUCAUGGGCGCGGCGAAGGAGCGAACUGAUAACAUGAAGCAGCUGGGCAUCGAGGAGACGGGAGGCGCCGAGAAGAAGGUCACCAUUGAGGAAAAGAAGGAAGAGCCGUUAGUCUUCGAGCCGAUUACAGUGGAGUCUCUCCGCCAGGAGAAGGGCUUCCUGAAGGUGACCCGCAAGCAACAGAAAGACGUCGACGCCAUGAACAAGAGACAAGCCAAGGAAAAAACCACGCUGCAGAAACAGCACUGUUCUUCACUUGAAAAGAUCGUUAAAGGAAAAAGCAAAGACCAGCUCCGCAACGACCCGGCGUUCCGCAAGCUGGUUAGCGAGCAGUCGGCGGCGUGGUCGGAGCUGGCCACGCGGCACCGCUCCGAGGCGUGGGCGGCGGCGCGGGAGCGGCUGCACGAGCAGCGGGACCUGCUGCGGAAACUCAUGGAGACCACGCAGCUGGCGCAGAUGAAGCAGCUCGAGGUCAAGCAUGACAAGGAACUGAAGGACAUGAACGCGAGGCAAGCCAAGAUCAGCGUGGAGACCAGCAAGGAGGUCGCCAACGACAAGACCUUGAAGACCAAGCAGGAGAAAGACCGCCGGCUGCGGGAGAAGAAACAGAAUAACACCAAGAAGUUCAUGGACGAGAGAAAGACACAAACAAUCAAGCAUAACCGGGAGAAGGAGAAGCUGAAGGUAGUCCAUGAUAAGCAGCUGGAUGAGCUGUCCAAAGACCUUGACAAUCUGAUCGCGAUGUACAAGAUGGAGGAGGGAGAGGCGGCGUUGGGAGGGAACAUGGAGUGCUUCGCCUGAGUGUCGCCGCACCUCGCCGACUUGGUGGCCGAGGUCGUCGAAGAGGCGAGAGAGGGACGCAUCGCGGCCUAGACCACGUGAUAUUGGCGUAGCUAGGGGGCAGGGGCGCUCAUGGCCCCUUUAAACCCCCUCCGAUCCCACUACUUUGGCCCCUUCUAGAAUAUUCGUGUUUUAAAAAAUAACCUUCAUAAUUUCCCAGAGCUGGGCACAGGCUUCCCCUCGGUCAACGGUAUGGGGGUAUGGAGCAUACUCCACCACCUGCUCCACUGGUUGAUGGUGUUUGGAACAGUGGCCGCGACCAAUGCAACGGCUUAACUCCAAAUCAUCUUACUUUUUCGGACGAUGAGGUGAUACAGCUUGCAAUGCCCUUACUAGACAAAUUACAGUUUCACUAAGUGAACAAAAAAAGAAUAAAUAUCGUCUCGGGAAUCGAGGCUAGACCUCUAGAUCGUGAGCCCAAUGCUCUGACCACUAAACCAUGGAAGCUAAAGAGGAAUAUUUACUUUUUUUUAAACAUUACAGUAUUAUAAAGUAACCUCAUGCGUUGUAUGCGGAUUAUCUUUCCGCUAAAUCUGUAAAUGGGUGAAUCUCAAAAUGUGUCAAGUUUGGUGGCGACUGUCAUAUAUUUUUUU